GUAAAGUUAUUUCUGUAGGAUACACAUUGUUUUUUAAAACUUUCUAGGGGCUUUCAAUUAUUUUGCAGCUUUGAGUCAAGCUGCAGGUUCUUUCCCGCAGCCCUGAGGCGUCCGCAGGUCACCCAGAUACAUCGAUUCGACAUGCCGGGCGACACUGGCGUCGUCGUCAAGUCAAACAGAAGCGGCAGUGAGGCGUCAACUGGCAAAGCAACCAGUCAUCCGCCGGCGACGAGGAAGAGGACAACUCAGCACCCGAAGCAAACGCUGGAACAGGCUUUUGUUUAUCCGAUUAAUAUGCACAGGAUUUAAUUAGCCAUAGAAUCCGGGCGAGCAGCGGGGAAUGCGACCCAUUUGGGAGUCGGCCAGCAGGCCGCUGUUUGUGCGCUCCGUGUGGCAGGAGACGAUUGGCAGACGCCACUUCAUCCUCGACUACGAGCCGCGACAGAGGCAGCGCUGGAAGCGCCAGAAGACGAGGCUGAGGGGCAACGACCAUCAGACGCUAUCCUGCGAUUUCUAUGAACCGUCCCCGGAGGAGAGUGUAGAGUAUCUGGACGAAUACCUCCUGCUGGACGCCACCAAACUGACGCUGCAACAGCAACAAUCGAUGACCACUGUGGGUGGGCGGCCAGGCGCCGCCCCCUCGACGGGUGGAGGUUAUCGGGGAGAGCAGCGGCACACCAGCCGCCAAUCGAAACGCCGCGCAUGGCUGCUCAGUCGCGGGCGAACCUAUAACCUGGACCAUAUGGACCAUCAGUCGCGGCGCAGUUCUCUACAGGACGCAACCAGCACGUUGGCCACGACGUCCAAUAAUCCCGAGGAGCGUCUGGCUGAAAGGGUGCUUCAUUGGCUGGACCUGGCAGGUCGCACGGAUAUAGUGAAGGAGAAAGCACCCACUCCUCCGGCGACCAGUAGUGCCCACUUGGUCAGGUCCGCUCAAAGGAUGCAGCGAAAUCACCACCGCAGCACGAGUCUCAAGCGGGUGGCAGUUGCGGCAGCGAAUCACCAGAGAUCGGUGGCAAGAAAGCCGACUGCCAAGCCGCCGCCCGCCGUUCAGCCGGCUAGCAUCGCCUGCUCGUCCGCCUCCAAUGCCAAUGCCAAGCCCAUAACCAUAAUCUUCAACAAGGAGGGCGUGCCCGUGCGUCUCAACAGAGCCGCCCGCAACAUCGACCUCUGCACCCUAAGCAGCAGUGCCAGCACCACGAGAAGAUUGGCGGGUCAGCUGGCCUCGGCCCGCCUAUACAGCGGAGCCACUGCAUCGCCUCUGCCGGAGGACAGCCGCACGCCGCCGCUCAGUAGCCGGGGAAUCGGGUCAUCCGCCGCCGCGGACAGCCGGAAACAGCUGCACAUCUUCAUGCCUAGUCUGCCCAAGAAAGGUCUGCUGGCAGCGGGUUCCACGACGGGCAGUGGCAUGGGCGGAUCUGGCGAGGAUGCCCUGAGCGCUACCUUCAGUGAGCUGUGCCAGCUGUAGACUAAAAUUUAGAAAGGGGAAUAGGAAUAUGUAGGAAAAUAGGUCCAAUCUUUAAAGUUUGUAAUAGAUCCAAUAUUUCGCGAUAAGUAAAGGAGUUUUCCUAAAAUGACGCAUAUUCCUUGGAUUAUUUGACUUUACUUGUGUUAGAAGAAUCCUAUAGAAUCCUAUUUUCCAAUAUUUGCUAUUAUAUGUAUGCUAAUUUCAGAGAACGGAAAUUUCUAUACUGUUAAUUGUAAAUUAAAAGGAUUUUAGGUUUUUUGUUUAAAAAUAAUCUUAACUACCGCCUUUCCUUUUCUUACAACAAGGGUUCACUGACACUCACGUGGUUAAUGCGGUUAAUUUGGAUAACUACCACUCAUACUAUCUUAAGACCAAAAGAAAAGUUUUCGCUUGAAAGGCAACCGCGUUUUAUUUAUAGGUUCGAAAGCAAAAUAAGCCCGGAGAAGUGGUUCAGUAGUCUGUACUAGGGAAAGCAGAACAAAGAAAGCCGAAAUUAGUCCUAUAAAUACGAAAAACCAAUAAAUGAAAAAUUUGUUUUCGAAUGUGAGACAGUCUUAAAGCUCCUUACAUUACGGAAAUGUACUUAGAAUGACAAGGAAAAGCCGAAACUCUAAAAAUCAAGGGUUGCCCCUAAUAAAUUUCUUUGUGGGUAAAGAAAGCUAGGGUGUUUCUUGGGCUACGGACCGCUUAAUAACAUCGCACAAGCUUUUCUUGGUUUUAUUGAUUUUCGUUUUGUUUCGUUGCCAUUGAAAGUUUCUUUUAUUUGCUUCUUUUAUCGAAUUGAAAGGUUUAUUUUUGGAUUACCCCGAAAAGUCGGCGUCCUGGGCCACGCCCACUUUCUUUUGUUUUGAUUUCGGUUCCGACUUCUUCAUUGUUGAUUUUUGCUUUUUUUCAGUUGGGGCGGAUCUGGCAGUUCCCCAGCGGAAGGAGUGUAAUCGAUGUAAUGGUGGAAAUAUUGCAUGUUUAACAAUGGAACAAAGUUAAAGUUAAAGUUUUGUCCUAAUGAAUGUGGUAAUUUUGCGUAGAAUGGAGGGAAUCCAGGUUGGGACGGACGGAAAUGAAGCAUAACUUAAUAAGACUCAGCAAAUAAAAAAUACGACUCUUAAAAACAUUUUGACGUUCGCAAUACGAUAGCAACUUUAGAAAAGUGCACUUCUAUUGGAAACGUAAAUAGAAACCAAAUGACAUUUAAGAUUCAAUUUACGAGAUAGAGAUUUGAAAAACAAGUGUUUAUGCCAACUACCUAUGGAUAUUCGCCCUGCUAACUAUUUUAUGGGGCGUAGGACAGCCAACGUACGCGGUCGUAAUCUAAUUAUGGACAUUACAUAUCCAUCAGUCUAAUGGGGUAACAACUGUCAGCCGUUGCGAAGGAGAUUCCCCGGAUAUCCGUCAAGCGUCAUGCAAGCAACACCCAAAUCUAAACUAUCUGCCUGCCACACGUGGCAAGUUGUCGUUGUCGUCGUCACCGUAUUAUUUUAUGACUGACGCGUCGGAAUUUAGAUUCGUUUUCGAUA